AUGCUGGUACCGUGGGAGGAUGCCGAAUCGAUUCCUGCUGCCUUUGAAAUCCUCAAGGAGGAGUAUAACCAGAACCUGGCUGCCGAUCCCGAGUUCGAGAUGAAACCCACCGUCACACUGCAUCUCUCCGAGAACGUAUCUACUCCGGCAACGUCGUCGACUGAGCCAAGCAACAGCGGUUUCAUAUCAUGGGAUGGUGGAGCGGUUCCGCACUCGGCCAAUCAGCAGUCGAUUGCUGAGGCUAACACGGAGUUGCUACCUUGCUACGAUCUGGAAGCGAAGCCGAUCCCGUCUAUCCAGCAACUCCGUUGUACUGCUGCUCCUCUUUAG